GCAGAAUCCCGGGGACGGUUGCUGAGCCUGCCUGGGAUCCCGGUCGUCGCGCCUUCCCCCUGACCGCUCCUAGUCCAUCUGUUGGAUCCCGAACUACUUAACCUGAGCCCGCGCCAGACGGGCGGGCUGGACUGAGAGGGUCCCCCCUCUUCAGGAGACAUGGAGGAACUCAGAAUGUCCACAGAACCUAAGUCUGGUGAUUGCUGAGUGACGUUCUUGGAAGCUUACCCCAAAAAUUCCCUGAGCUGGUAUCAGGUGCCACAGGCACUGGAGAACGGAGGGGACGGAUGGAACUAGGGGCCAGCAAGAUGGCAGACGAAACAUUAGCUGGGCUGGAUGAGGGAGCCCUGCGGAAACUGUUGGAAGUCACAGCAGAUCUGGCAGAGCGACGGCGCAUCCGCUCGGCCAUCCGGGAGUUGCAGCGGCAGGAGCUGGAGCGCGAGGAGGAGGCCCUGGCAUCCAAGCGCUUCCGUGCCGAGCGGCAGGACAACAAGGAGAACUGGCUGCACUCUCAGCAGCGGGAGGCAGAGCAGCAGGCUGCUCUGGCACGGCUGGCAGGACGGCUGGAGUCCAUGAGUGAUGUGGAGGAGCUGACCGCGAUGCUGCGAGGUGCUGCUGAGUACGAGGAACGCAAGCUGAUCCGAGCCGCCAUCCGCCGCAUCCGGGCCCAGGAGAUUGAGGCUGCCACCUUGGCUGGGAGGUUGUGCGGCGGGCGUCCCAACAGUGGCUCAAGAGAGGACAGCAAGGGGCGGGCAGCACGCAGGCUGGAACGGUGUGAGGUGCCGAAGCCAGAGGAACAGGAGAAGCAGGCAGAGGUCCCAGUGCCAACCCCAGCCCCUAGGAGCACCAGCCGGGAUGUGACCACAGUGACACUCCUGCUGCGGGCCCCACCUGGGGGCACACCCAGCCCACCUGCCUCACCCGAAAGCUCGCCUACCUCUACUUCUCCCGAGCCUCCACUGGAGCCUGCCAAGGGCCAGUGCCCUGCUGCCGAGGCUCUGGGCAGCCCCGAGCCACCUCCCAGCCCGCCCAGGGCUGCCAGCCCUGAGCCCCAGGAGCCUCCGGCCACCCCCAGCACUGAGAGGCAGGUGGUCAACAAGCUCCUGCCUGGCCGCACGGAGCCCCCUGCUGCCCAAGGCCCCGCCAGAGAUCCCUCCAACACGAAGAGAGCAGACCUGGCUGGACCCCACCUCUGCCAAAGCUCCCUGUCUGUGCUCAGCCCCCGCCAGCCAGUCCAGAACCGAGAGCCCACCCCUCUUGCCAGCGGACCUUCCCGUUUCCAGCGAGCUGGCUCCAUACGGGACCGCGUGCGCAAGUUCACAUCUGAUUCUCCUAUGGCUGCUGGGCUCCAGGAAGGCCCAGCCCGGGCAGCCCUAGGUCCCUCGACCCCGGCAAGGCUCUCAGGCCCCUCCCACAUCAGCACCACCCUUGCCUCCUCCUCCAGUGGCCCCUCCUCACGGGGCCCCAGUGACACCUCCUCCCGGUUCAACAAGGAGCAGCAAGGAACAGCCCGGCCCCUGGCCCAGCUUCAGAGCUGCCCCCAGGAGGAGGGCCCUGGGGGGCGGGGUUUGGCUGCCAGGCCCCUUGAAAACAGAGCCGGGGGGGCCGUGGCCCGCUCAGAGGAGCCCAGUGCCCCGCUGCCCGUGGCCGUGGGCACUGCUGAGCCAGGGGCCAGUAUGAAGACCACAUUCACCAUUGAGAUCAAGGAUGGCCGGGGCCAGGCCUCCACGGGCCGGGUGCUGCUGCCCACAGGCAACCAAAGGGCAGAACUGACGCUGGGGCUGCGGGCGCCCCCCACCCUCCUGAGCACCAGCAGUGGGGGCAAGAGCACCAUCACCCAUAUCAGCAGUCCUGGGACCCUGGCCCGGCUGGGCAGUGUCACUCACGUCACCAGCUUUAGCCAUGCUGCCCCUGGUAACCGAGGAGGCUACAGCGUCAAGGCCAGCUGCAAAGACUCUGACACUGCCAGCCAGAAGCAGCAGUCCCUACCACUGUCCCCAUCGUCACCCCACCAUAGAGCCCCUGCCUGCACCAUGCCGGGGGUACCAGGGCCUGGGUCUGAGCUGGCCGCAGCCCUGGAGGAGCGAUUGGGCCAGGCGUUGGAGGAGCUGCGGGCAGUGGCUGAGGCAGGCCGGGCAGCAGUGACCCAGGCAGCAGGGGCAGCUGCCUCGGCCGUGGAGCCAGUGGCCCGGGCAGCUGAAGAGCUGCGGGCGGAGACAGCAGCACUGAGCCGGCGGCUGGAUGCACUGGGCAGGCAGGUGGAGGUGCUGAGCCUGCGUCUGGGGGUCCCACUCGUGCCUGACCUUGAGCCUGAGCUGGAGCCUAGUGAACUGCUCCUGGCUGCUGCUGACCCCGAGGCCCUCUUCCAGGCGGCCGAGGAUGCUGGGACCCCCGUGGCCCACCCGCCUGCCUUCAGCACCCGCCGCCGCUCCUCUGCCGGCCCAGCCCGCAGCAGCAGUCUCAUGGAGCCAGAGCCUGCAGAAACCCCAUCUGCAGCAGUGGAGGUGGCCAAUGGCACCCAGCAGACCCGAGUGGACAAGGCACCAGAGAGGCGAAGCCCACUGAGUGCUGAGGAGCUGAUGGCCAUUGAAGAUGAGGGUGUCCUGGACAAGAUGCUGGACCAGACUACAGACUUUGAGGAGCGGAAGCUCAUCCGGGCUGCGCUGCGUGAGCUCCGACAAAGGAAGAGAGACCAGCGGGACAAGGAACGGGAACGGCGGCUGCAAGAGGCACGGGCCCGGCCCGGGGAGGGCCGUGGCAACACGGCCACCAAGACCACCACACGGCACAGCCAGCAGACAGCCGAUGGCUCAGCUGUCAGCACUGUUACCAAGACCGAGCGGCUCGUCCACUCCAAUGAUGGCACACGGACGGCCCGCACCACCACGGUGGAGUCGAGUUUUGUGAGGCGCUCGGAGAAUGGUGGUGGCAGCACCAUGAUGCAAACCAAGACCUUCUCCUCUUCAUCAUCCAAGAAGAUGGGCAGUAUCUUCGACCGGGAGGAUGAGGCCAGCCCGCGGCCUGGCAGCCUAGCGGCGCUGGAGAAACGCCAGGCGGAGAAGAAGAAGGAGCUGAUGAAGGCACAAAGCCUGCCCAAGACCUCGGCCUCUCAGGCCCGCAAGGCCAUGAUUGAAAAGCUGGAGAAGGAAGGCGCCGCGGGCAGCCCUGGCGGACCCCGUGCAGCUGUGCAGCGCUCCACCAGCUUUGGGGUCCCCAACGCCAACAGUAUCAAGCAGAUGUUGCUGGACUGGUGCCGAGCCAAGACGCGUGGCUACGAGCAUGUGGACAUCCAGAACUUCUCCUCAAGCUGGAGUGAUGGGAUGGCCUUCUGCGCCCUGGUGCACAACUUCUUCCCUGAAGCCUUCGACUAUGGGCAGCUCAGCCCACAGAACCGGCGCCAGAACUUCGAGGUGGCCUUCUCAUCCGCUGAGACCCAUGCGGACUGCCCGCAGCUCCUGGACACAGAGGACAUGGUGCGGCUUCGAGAGCCUGACUGGAAGUGCGUGUACACGUACAUCCAGGAGUUCUACCGCUGUCUGGUCCAGAAGGGGCUGGUAAAAACCAAAAAGUCCUAACCCCUGCUCGGGGCCCCACGGAUGCUGGUGGACUGCGUGCCCCUGGUGGAGGUGGAGGACAUGAUGAUCAUGGGCAAGAAGCCCGACCCCAAGUGCGUCUUCACCUAUGUGCAGUCGCUCUACAACCACCUGCGGCGCCACGAGCUGCGCCUGCGCGGCAAGAAUGUCUAGCUUCCCCGCCCGCACGGCCGCCCGCGGCAAGCUACCCCCACCAUCCAGGCACCAUCCCCUCCCCUGUGCGCCUGCCCACCGCUGCCCUGUCUGUCGCGACACCUUCCCACGCAUACACACGCAGCGUUUUGAUAAAUUAUUGGUUUUCAA